AUGGGUGGCAAAGAUAUCUCACCCGAGGGGCUCCAGAACGGAUUUACGCAUGCAUUCGUUACUGAGUUUGAGAAUGCCGAAGACAGAGAUUAUUACACGCAAAAAGAUCCCGUCCAUCUGGCAUUUGUCAGUAGCCUAUCAGCGAUCAUCGAGAAGGUCCAUGUCAUGGAUUUUGUCGACGGGGUCUUUUGA